AUGGAAACGACAGAAACUACUGAAGACCUGGUGCUUGAUUUAAAUCAACUCGGGGAAGGCACAUUCGAAUCCCCUCCCUCCUCUUCCCCAACUACACCAUACGGCGGAUCUGCUGAGUGGGAACAACUAUCCAGUGGGGAACAAUCAACAGAGUUCGAGGUUCUAACAGGAUACAACCGUGUCCCAAUCUACGAACGAAGAGCCCAGUGGCUCGCAGAGCAGCAGGCAAAACGGGAGAAGGCAAAACUCCAGGGAUUUCCAAAGGGUAUUAAAUCAAACGGCCUGCCAACCUUUCAGCCAAACCCGCAGCUGCCAUUCCCAAUAACUGCUCAGUUUCUCCGAUCUUAUGGUGGAGGCGAUAGAUUUCCCUGGGAGAAAAGAAGGCCCCAGAAUGACGAUUCUCAAAGGACCGUUGUGGCACCUUUGAAUAAUAUGUAUACUCCAGAAACAACUUCUUCUCCUGCCCCAUCAUAUCAUUCAACGCCUGCAUCCUCACCAGGCUCCCCAGACGAGAUGCCAAUCGUCUCGCCAUUCACUCACACGACAGAAAAGGGAAAACCUCGUCCAGAGAUGCCAAGUAGGAAGACAAGUGGUAUUCCAAGCUUUACAAGUCUAUUUGAAUCCAAGCGUAAUAGGGAUCGUAACUCAAGGCCCAAAAGAGAUAACCCACCACCCAUGCCCACCCGGAAAACAUCUACUCUUGGUUUCCCCGGGCUCGAGAUUGAGCACAAAUCGAAGCUAGAGAUGAUGCUUCCCAAGAGUGCAAACCAAACUGCCUUCCGUCUAGGCUGUUUCUUCGGGCUCGGAAGGGCGGCCUUUCUUUUAUUACUUAUUGCCAGUAGCUCUAUUCUAGCGCUCUUUUCAGUUGUUUCUUCUCCAUAUUUUACAGCUCUCAAUCAAUAUAAAACCACUUACCCAUCACACGCAUCUUUUAUCGAUUUUCCUACUCUUAUGUCAAUAGAAAUAUCACUUGAAAAUAUUAUCGAGAGCGCAACGGGCGGGUCGGCACUCGCACGCCUGCUGAAGGAGGGCGAGAUGAUUGUCAAUGAUCUGGGCACUGUUGUUAAACACAGCGAUUUGAGCUGCAGUAAAACGCUAGGAGGGAAGCUAGAUCGUUUUGCAGCAGAUGCACGAGAAGGUGUGAGUGCUCUGCAGAUGUUUGAGACAAAUGUUGGAGAAGUAUUCGAUCAACUCCUAGGAGCAAACCAAAAGUUCCUGGGAGAAUUCGCUGAACUCCAGCAGCGAGGAAGAUACAUAAGCAUGCCAUUCAUAUCGAAGAAGUCAAACACCGAACACACCACCACCCAGCUCUCAGCAAACUACAAGAAAACAGCCCAUCUCCUAGAGUCGAACAUCGAGGUUCUAAUCUCUACGGGAGAGUCCAUCAUAGCCUCACUUGAUGCCCUCUGUCAACAACACCAUCCCAUCUACGACGAGAUUGUGCGGGAGUUCGUUAGCAUUGAGCGUCAAGAGGGAUCCCCAUGGGUCAGAAUCGGCUGGGAAAGCCCUGGCGCCAGUGUUGUGCGAAAGACAAAGAUGAGAGAAAGCCAAGCACUGCUUGCAGCGGUUGGGAGCUAUGAAGAGAAGGCGAGGGGAUAUGUUGAGAACAUCCAUCUGGAGCUUGAGACCAUGGUGGGCGAGAUGCGGAAUCUGCAGAGGAGAGUGUCGAGGGUCCUGGUAAAUAUCGGAAACGAUAAUACUGGUGUAGACUACUCUGUUGAGAUCUCACUGGAGAGGCAAGUAGAGGCUGUGGAGGAGGCUGUGGGUGUGAUGAUCAGGAGGCGGACACAGAAGACUAGAGUUUGUCAUGUGAGCACCGUUGAAAACAGGCUCAGGGCUAGGAACGAUACUGGAAGUUACAUGGGCUCGUUCACGCCAACGAGAACUAGUAGCACCUGA